UCUGGUCUCUCUUCCUUGAGCUGCAUGUGCGUCUUGUGGUAAAGCUCACACAGCAUCAGUAACGUUUUCUGGUUUAGGGGCUAUUAAUCUACAAAAAUGGCUCUUCACGUACCUAAGGCCCCGGGCUUCGCUCAGAUGUUAAAGGAUGGUGCCAAGCACUAUUCUGGACUUGAGGAGGCAGUUUACCGGAACAUUACAGCAUGCAAAGAACUGGCGCAGACCACAAGGACUGCCUAUGGACCUAAUGGCAUGAAUAAGAUGGUCAUCAACCACCUGGAGAAACUUCUCGUUACUAACGAUGCUGCAACCAUCCUGAGAGAGCUUGAGGUUCAGCACCCUGCAGCCAAGAUGCUGGUGAUGGCAUCCACCAUGCAGGAAGAUGAGAUUGGAGAGGGGACCAACUUUGUCAUGGUGUUUGCUGGAGCUCUCCUGGAACAGGGAGAAGACCUGUUGAGGAUGGGACUCUCUGUGUCUGAGGUCAUUGAAGGCUACGAGAUGGCGUGUAAGAAGGCAGUGGAGAUUUUACCCGACUGCGUGAGCUCCUCAGCCACCAACAUGGGCGACAUCAAUGUGGCCACGGCCAUGAUUCGCACGGCAGUCAUGAGCAAGCAGUAUGGCAAUGAAGAUUUCCUGGCCAACCUCAUCGCUGAGGCCUGUGUUUCUAUCUACACUGGCUCUGGCAGCUUCAACGUGGAUAAUGUCAGAACAUGCAAGAUUCUGGGCAGUGGACUCCAUGCCUCUUCCGUGCUUCAUGGAAUGGUGUUUAAGAAGGAAGUCGAGGGAGACGUCACAACAGUCAAAGAGGCCAAGAUUGCAGUCUUUUCAAGUCCAUUCGACUGCAUGGUGACAGAAACUAAGGGUACAGUACUGAUCAAGAACGCAGAUGAACUGAUGAGCUUCAGCAAGGGCGAGGAGGACAUGAUGGAAGCCCAUGUGAAGGCCAUUGCUGACACCGGGGUGAAUGUGGUGGUGACCGGGGGCAAGGUGGCAGAUAUGGCACUUCACUAUGCCAACAAAUACAACCUUAUGGUGGUGAGACUUAACUCUAAAUGGGACCUGAGAAGGCUAUGCAAAACGGUUGGAGCAGUUGCACUGCCUAGAGUGACGGCGCCCACACCAGAGGAGAUGGGGCGCUGUGACAGUGUCUAUCUGUCAGAAGUGGGCGACACACAAGUGGUUGUCUUCAAACACGAGAAAGAAGAGGGUGCCAUAGCCACUGUAGUGAUUCGUGGCUCCACGGAUAACCGGAUGGAUGACAUCGAGCGAGCUGUUGCUGAUGGAGUGAACACCUUCAAGGCCCUAGUCAGGGACGCACGCUUGUUGCCCGGUGGUGGUGCCACUGAGAUUGAGCUGGCCAAACAGAUCACGUCCUAUGGAGAGUCGUGUCCAGGUUUGGAACAGUACGCCAUUAAAAAGUUUGCUGAGGCCUUUGAGAUCGUGCCCAGGGCUCUGGCCGAAAAUUCCGGAGUGAAGGGAAACGAGAUCAUCUCUAAACUCUACGCCAGUCACCAUGAGGGAAACCGCAACAUGGGCAUUGACAUAGAGGCCGAGGGGGCUGCAGUGACUGAUAUGGUGAAGGCUGGCAUCCAAGAUCCAUUUGUGGUAAAACACUGGGGCAUCAAACUGGCCACCAAUGCUGCCAUAACUGUUCUCCGGGUCGACCAGAUCAUUAUGGCCAAGCCAGCAGGGGGCCCCAAAGCGCCCAAACAGAGAGGCCACUGGGACAAAGAUGAGUGGGACGAGGAGCCUGAUAAAUUUGACACCCGUCAUUAAUAAAGAGAGCAGGAAAAAAACAUAAGAUCAUCAUGGCAAAGCCUGCAGGAGGUCCAAAAGCCCCACAGGGCAAGAAGGACUGGGACGAGGAUGAUUGAGCCUGUCUUAAACAGCCCAAUGUGUGUGUGACUGACUAGCUGUCCUGCAUUUUUACUGUAUAUUUAAUAUCGUUAAACAUGAUAUUUCUUUGUUUGUUCUUUUUUUUUUUGUAGCAAAUGCCAUGCGUACACAUAAAGAUAAUGGAUGCCUGCUUUCAGUGGUCCCAAUAAAAGGCACUUGAAUGUCAA